AUGCGUCACCCUGAAGCUUACGAUGAUCCCAAGGCAACCGCACUCGCAGAAAUAAAAGGACAGGUCACCUUCAAAGAUGUGACCUUCGGCUACGACAAGAGUAAACCGGUUCUUCACGAAGUGGACCUUGACGUUGCCCCCGGAGAGAUGAUUGGGCUCGUAGGAAAAUCCGGAGUGGGCAAGACAACCACCGUGAACCUAAUCGCCCGGUUCUACGAUGUAGACCGUGGUGCCAUUGAAAUUGACGGUGUGGAUGUACGCAACCUCCGUCUAGAAGACCUACGCAGUCAGAUUGGUAUCGUGCUGCAAGAGCCGUUCCUCUUUAGUGGAACAAUUGCCGAGAACAUCGGAUAUGGCAACCCGGGUGCCACUUUCGAGGAGAUUAUGCAGGCAGCACAGGCGGCGAAUGCACACAAUUUUAUCGUAGCAAAGGCGGAUGGCUAUGAUACAAGUGUUGGAGAACGGGGGAACAACCUGUCGGGUGGAGAAAAGCAGCGCGUUUCUAUCGCUCGCGCCCUCCUCCACGACCCAAAGAUCCUUAUUUUGGAUGAAGCGACCUCGUCGGUGGAUGUGGAGACCGAGAAGGAGAUUCAGGAAGCAGUUGUCCGGCUGAUCAAAAAUCGGACGACCUUUGCCAUUGCUCAUCGGCUGUCGACCCUCCGGAACGCUAACCGGCUGGUCGUCCUUGAUGCCGGACGUAUUGUAGAGGUCGGCACACACAGUGAAUUGAUGGACAAGAAGGGCGCAUUUUAUGACCUUGUAGCAUUACAACAACAGACCUCUGAAAUUAUUGGGAUCAGAGAAUAG